AUGAUAUUGUGUGUUCUAAUCGUUGGUAUAACGGAGGCAUCCAAGGUUUCACUGGAUCCCACCCUGAAGGUGUUCGUUGAUUGUGACGAAUGUGACUUUGACUUUCUUCGAAGGGAGAUUCCUUUCGUCCAUUACGUUCGUGAUCGCCGCUUGGCACAGGUGCAUAUACUCGUUACUGACCAACGGACCGGCAGCGGUGGUCAAGAAUUUCGGCUACAGUUUAUCGGUCAGGGAACGUUUGCAGGACAGGAUGGGAAACUGAAGUAUAUUUCGCAACACGACGACACCGAAGAUGUCGAGAGGCAUGGGCUUGUGAAAACCAUCCAAUUUGGACUGAUGCCCUAUAUUGUACAGACACCUCUCGCACCCCAGAUUUCUAUUGAUUACAAAGCAGCGUCAGCACCACAGGCUGUGAGCCAACCUGACGAUCCCUGGAACAAUUGGAUCUUUCGCAUUGGCACAGCCGGAGAGUUCGAGCGAGAAUCACAGACCAGUGAGUAUUCGUUGGAUGUAGAUCUGUCCGCCAAGCGAGUUACUAAGAUGUGGAAAAUCGAAACCGAGUUUGAACUCGAUUACGACGAAGACAAUUUUUCCGGUGACGAUGAUAGCAUCAAGAGUAUCUCCAAUGAAGGGGAAUUGAGGGCACAUGUCGUGCGUAGUAUCACCCCCCACUGGUCAGCUGGCGUGUUCACUGGGGCAUCAGCCACGACACGCGAGAAUAUAGACCGGCAAAUUCAACUGAUGUCUGCGAUCGAAUACAGCCUGUUUCGAUAUGAACACGCUGAUCGAAAACAACUGACGAUUGCCUACGGUAUUGGGUUUGAAUCAGUAAAAUACACCGAGGAAACCAUCUUCGACAAACUCUCAGAACGACUCCUAUCAGAAUCGCUUCUUGCAACAUUGGAACUGACACAACGAUGGGGCGAAGUCGAACUAGAGGCAGAAUUCUCUCACUUUUUCCACGAUUUCAGUAAAUAUCGGAUUGACCUAGGCGGCGAGGUCUCAAUCCGCCUUUUCAAAGGGCUGGAGUUUAUAGCGGAAUUGGAUGUUGAGCAGAUUCAUGAUCAGCUGUAUCUGCCGAAGAGAGGUGCAUCGCUGCAAGAAGUUAUUCUGAGACGGCGGGAGCUCGCCACAACAUUCGAGCACGAAGGGCGCAUCGGAUUUCGGUACACCUUCGGCUCAAUUUACAACAAUGUUAUCAACACAAGGCUGGAAAACCAUUCAGACUAA